AUGAAAAUUGAGCUGAUUUUCAUUCCGUCUCCGACGAUCAGUCAUCUCAUGGCAACCGUAGAGAUGGCAGAGAGACUAAUCAAUCAAAACAACCGUCUCUCCAUCACCAUAAUCAUCAUAUCUUUCAACUCCAAAAUCACCUCUAUGAUCGCCUCCCUCACCACCACAUCCAACAACCGUCUCCGGUACGAAGUAAUAACCGGAGAAAACCAACAACCAACCGAGCUAAAGGCGACUGAUUCCCACGUCCAAAGCCUAAAGCCACUGGUGAGAGACGCGGUUGCUAAGAUCGUCGAUCCGACUCAACCUGACUCGCCUCGGCUAGCCGGAUUCGUUGUGGACAUGUACUGCACGACGAUGAUCGACGUCGCAAACGAUUUCUGCGUCCCUAGCUACUUGUUUUACACCUCAAACGCUGGAUUCCUCGGACUCUUGCUUCAUAUGCAGCUCAUGUACGACAAGGCCGAGGAUAAUAAGCAUGACAUGAUGAGCGAGUUGGAAGACUCGGAGGCUGAGUUGGUUGUUCCGAGUUUGACUCGUCCUUAUCCGUUGAAAUGUCUUCCUUACAUUUUCAAAUCAAAAGAGUGGCGACCGUUUUUCUUAGCUCAAGCGAGAAGAUUUAGAGAGACCAAGGGUAUUUUAGUAAAUACUGUUUCCGAGUUGGAAACUCAUGCGUUGAAGUUUCUCUCCGAUGGUGACACUCCUUGUGUUUACUCGGUGGGACCAUUGUUGCAUUUCAAGAAUGAAGCUGGUGGUUCCGUGGAAGAGAAGAAACAAUCGGAGAUUUUGGAAUGGCUCGAUGAGCAACCGGCUGGAUCGGUAGUGUUCCUCUGCUUCGGGAGCAUGGGAGGUUUCAGUGAGGAACAAGCUAGAGAAAUCGCCGUCGCGCUCGAGCGAUCUGGUCACCGGUUUCUCUGGUCUCUCCGCCGUGCAUCUCCGAAUAUAAAGAAGGAGCCUCCGGGAGAUUUCACGAAUUUGGAGGAGAUUCUCCCGGAAGGUUUUAUCGAUCGGACGGAGGAGAGAGGGAAAGUGAUCGGAUGGGCUCCGCAGGUGGCUGUUCUGGCGAAACCGGCGAUCGGAGGUUUUGUUUCCCACGGCGGGUGGAAUUCGACGCUAGAGAGUUUGUGGUUCGGCGUUCCGACGGCGAUUUGGCCGCUAUAUGCAGAACAGAAGUUCAACGCCUUCGAGAUGGUGGAGGAGCUUGGUUUGGCCGUGGAAAUCAAGAAGCAUUGGCGUGGAGAUCUGUUGUUGGGGAGGUCGGAGAUGGAGAUUGUGACGGCGGAGGAGAUUGAAAGAGCGAUCAAGUCUCUGAUGGAACAAGAGAGUGACGUAAGAAAGAGAGUUAAGGAGAUGAGCGAGAAAUGCCACGUGGCUUUAAUGGACGGUGGAUCGUCGCAUGUUGCUUUGCAAAAGUUUAGUCAACACAUGACGGAGAAUUUAGAAAUAUAA